CAUAUAUUUAUGUAAUCGUUAUAAUGUUAUGCCAUUACUAACCGUUAUUAUAUCCGAUCGAUACUUUUACGGUACCGACCAGUGUUUGGGUACAACUUUGUCAUAUUUUUCAUCUCAAUAAUACGGAAAUAGAGAGAAAUGUGUCACAAAUAAGCGCAAGUAGUGUCGAGCCGAGGGGUUGAUUGGCAUUACAUCUAUUCCGGAGUUUCCUUUUCACUGGAUGUGAAGUGCAUUGAAAUCAAUACAAACGGCACAACUCAUCGCUGGCAUCGCCUUAUAUACGGCAGUGUAUAUGAGGUGUAUAUGAUUGGUGUGAGUUUAGCAUUGAUAUGAGGUUCAUAUCCCGGAACCGUAAUCGCAAAAUUAUUGUCGGAGUUGUGUUCGCACUGUUUGUCAUUUUCAUAUUCACUCAAAGCCAAGAGUCGGCCAAAUCUCUGAUUAAACCCUCAUUAACGGCAAAACGCGAUAAGACUUGGGAAUGGAGUCCAGAAAAGUUGAACGAAUUCAUGCAUUUACUCGACAAACACAAACAGCCCGUCCGUAACACAUCUGACCAUAUAUUAAGAGCAACCAAUGACUCAAACCCAGACAACAAAUUACAAUUUCCAGCGUUAAGCAAAUUUUUAACUUAUAUUACCGAUGAAGAGUCGGCUCUAAUGCCAGCCUAUGUCCUCUCCAGGCGUCCCAUCAAUAAAAGAGCAUCGAUAGUGAUAGGAGUGCCUCACAUCCGAAGGUCUAAGGGCUCAUACCUUCAGUUAACGCUUUACUUUUUAAUUAAAAACAUAAAACCCUCAGACCUUAACGACACAGUAAUCGUGGUAUUUAUUGCCGAAACUGAUAUGAAUUACGUGUUGAACACAACCAAAAUGAUUGUCCAUCACUUUGACGACUACAUCACAUCGGGUCUGUUGACAGUCAUGAGCCCUCCCAUCGCCUAUUACCCCGACUUUGACAAACUCUACACAAAACAGACUUUAGGCGACCCUUUGAAACGCGUUCACUGGAGAACUAAACAGAACUUAGACUUCGCAUACCUUAUGAUAUAUUCGUAUACAAAAGGAGAUUAUUAUUUACAGCUCGAAGACGAUGUGGUCUCCAGUCCUGACUAUAUAGGACUCAUCAAACAGUCCAUCAAUGAUCUCAAGACAAACAAAACAGAAUGGUUUACAAUGAGAUACUGUCGGUUGGGAUUUAUCGGACAACUUCUGCGAAGCCGCGAUUUACCACAAUUGAUCACUUUUAUGCUCAUUUUCCAUGAAGACCAGCCAUCAGACUGGCUGCUCGACUAUUUGAUCCAAACCAGAGUCUGUCGUAAGGAUAAGGACGCGAAGGACUGUCGCAAACGGAAGGACAGCCUUUGGCGCACACAUAAGACAUCACUCUUCCAACACAUAGGCUAUCACUCGAGUCUCGACGGAAAAGUACAGAAACUAAAGGAUAAGUUCUUUAAGACAAAAGACUUCUCGUAUUUCUCGCACAAAGACAAUCCAUCGGCAGAAGUGAUGACUUCAUUGACUACAUAUAGAGAUCACACGAUAUCCAAAGCAUAUAAAGGCGAGGAUUACUUUUGGGCUAUGGAUCCUAAACGCGGCGAUAAUAUAUCGUUUACUUUUACAACAGAUGUUUUAUUAGACGAAAUAACCAUCAAUUCUGGUAGCUUUGAUCACCCGAACGACAAAAUGCCUGACGAAACCAUUGUUGAGAUAUUGCCACAAAUUACUGAUACAAAUAAUGCAAACUCUAGUCGAAAGUCAGAUGGCUAUCACAUCAUCGGUUUAUUUGAAGACGGAUUCAUUCAAUUACAUAAUUUGAAAAACAUAGGACUCGUCCAUAGCCUUAGGAUUACUAUUACAAAGCCGUCGCCCACUUGGAUAAUACUCAAUGAAAUCUAUUUUAAAACCUUUUUAUGA